AUGCCGUCUAGUUCUGGGAAACUUGUCAAUCAACAUGUAGCAGCAAGUUGGUCAUCCUCUUCUUUUGUGAAGCUCACUAACGGUGGUGAUUGUGGAAUUAUUGUGAGGGUGGGUUUUGCCCAAUUCAGCGGUGUCAGCAGUUGGAAGAGGUGGAAAAGCUUGGGGAUUAAGACAGGGGAUCUGGUGGUAACAGUGGCGGGAUCUUGGUUGGGUUUCUAUAGUGAUGCCAGCGUCGGUGGUCCAUCAGCGUUCCUUUUUGCGACUAUCUAUUCAGAAUUGGAAGUGGCAAUGAUCAGUAGCUGCUUUAAGAAACUUAAAGUUGAAAGGGACGAACUUGAUAGACUUACAGAUCUCCCUAUUAAUGUUAAACACCAGAUUCAGGAGCACUUAUCUGUGGAAGAAGCGGCAAGAAUGAGUGUUUUGUCUAGACCGUGGAAACAUAUUUGGGUUUCAAUUCCCAAGCUUGUAUUUUCUGCUGACUUUUGCCACAACAAGCCAUUAAUAAUAGACGUCAUUAAUACAAUUCUGUUGCAACAUUGUGGAGCCAUUAAGACAUUCCUCGUCAAUAUCUCAUCAAUACCUUCUUCUCAGCACUCAGUUAUUGAUGAAUGGUUGCUUUUGUUGUCGAGAAACGGUAUCAUGGAUCUCACCCUUGAGAAUCUAGACAAGGAUCGUCUGAUUCUCAACAAUGCUCCUUAUAAAUUGCCUUCCUGCCUGUACGGCAUAAAUAAACUAGAAAGUUUGAGGCUGUUCAACUGCAUUUUCAGGCCAACAUGCAGCUUUACGGGUUUCCACAUGCUCAAAAACCUUUCACUACUUAAAGUCGUCUUACAUUUAGACGUUGCAACUUCUUCUUUCUUGUGGAUGCCAGACCUUGUGUUUCUGCAAGUUAAGUUGUGUAUUGGUUUUCCUAACUCGAAAAUAUAUGCUCCAAAACUUUCCCAAAUAUUAUUCUUUACCAACAGAACCAAAACCCUUGAGUUGGGUCAUUACAUGGACUGUCGGAUGCUGAAAACAGUUAUACUUGCAUCAUCAGGAACAAAUCAAGAUAAACCGAUAAACAUGACCUAUCUUCUCAAGUGCUGGCCUGAAGUUGGUAAUUUUGGUCUGCACACUUACUACCUCAAGUCUGUUGCUACUGAAGCAGAGAGGUUCCCCACAUACCUCAACAACUUGAGGACUCUCUUGUUAUUUGAGUUUGAUUUUGAUGAUGUAGAUCAUAUAUUUGCUCUUCUACGAAUGCUUAGAAUUUCUCCCAAUUUGGAUAACCUU